UGGCGAGGAAGGUGCACGUAGAAUGAGCGCUUCUGAACCCGAUCAUAACGGACGCAUGUGGAAGGUCGUUCGCACGGCUCUAUAGCCAGCGUUAUUGGGCGUCUGGUGCUUUUGAGUUGACCGAGUUUCUCUGUAUAGCGGCGGGGAGGAUGUUCAAUGUGCUUCGCCAGCAGGCAAGGGCUCCUCUACGCAGAGCAUAUGCCACCCAGGGCUAUGUUCCGCCAGCAGCGGCGAAUAAUAUUGGCCAAAGCAUGAUACCAAGAUUCAAACCAAGACCUGUUUCUCCGACAUUCUACACUGGCUUGCCUUCCUACUUCGAGAACGUGAACACACUCGAAUCUGCUAUCACGACUUCACGAAACAUCCUCCAAAAUCUUCAACUUCUUCCGCUACCCAAGUUCGCUCGUGACGCACUUCCAGAGUCUACGCCAGUAUGGAAAGGCAAAGAUGAGUUGGGCUUCCAGGUCGAGACGAAACUUACCACCGCGCGAUAUCGGCGUCUUGUUGGUCUGCUUACGCAGUUGGAGGAGUUCAGGAAGAUUGCGGAUACUGCUGGAUGCGUUGAGGUGGCGGAGAGUAUAGGUGAUGUGACGGUGUUGUUCCAGAGGGAAAACAGGGAUGCCGUCCUUGCUGGAGGAAAGAAGAAGCCUGUUCAAUUUGACAAAUAUGGCCGAACGUACACUAUUGGGCGGCGGAAGGAGAGCUCAGCGCGUGUUUGGAUGAUUCCUGUCCAAGGCAAAUCGCAGAAACCUGCCGCGGCCGCCGCCUCAUCGGUACCCUCGGUACAAGCACCAUUACCUCCCGCUGCUGAGGUUAACGAAUCGCAAAACGAGGCGACAUCCCCGGACCUCACGCCCUUCCUCUCACCGAAACCUCUCGCUAAGACAGAGGAACCCACAGAAGUAACUGCAACUAAUAUCAUCAUCAAUAAUGUUCCCCUCAUCAAGUACUUCCCUCACAGCCUUGAUCGCGAACGUAUAAUGCGACCGUUCAGACUUGCGGGGCUCGUGGGAGCAUACAAUGUAUUCGCCAUCGCCCGUGGGGGAGGUACUACAGGUCAGAGUGGCGCCGUUGCUCUCGGUGUUGCCAAGGGAAUUGUCGCACACGCGCCUGAGGUUCAGCCAUUGUUGAAGAAAGCUAAACUACUCAGGCGUGACCCACGUGCUGUCGAACGUAAGAAGACUGGUAGGCGCAAGGCCCGCAAGGCGGUACGCAUAUUCUUCUUUUCAAGUUGUUCGGCUUCGUUGAUGUUAACUUUUUAUUAGUUCACCUGGGUCAGGCGUUGAUACUCGUUGGUAUUGCUUCAUAUACGUACUACAUCCUGGUAAUACAUGCAUCAUACUCACUUGCGACAUUGAGGGCAAGAAAAAUGAGAAAAGUUCACACGGCGCAAGCAGAGCUACAGAUACAAAGCAGACAGUAUUCGAGUGUCCGUGCGACAGACGUAUACAGGUAUACACUAGGCGAGCAACAACAACAAAUAUUCAUGGUCUACAGUGCUUUGCAUAAUUCCGUGAAAGUCGCGAAUUUUUUCUCUCUGUUUGACCGAGUUUGUUCUACACAAACAGCGUGACUUCAUUGUAACAUACCUAA